CCCCUCUGCUUCCCCAUUCUCAUGCAGGGUCUGCUGAUGCAUGUGAUGAAAGUCUCAACUCUCAGGGAAGGCACAACCAUGGCUUCCCCACCACCCCGGGAGAUGGAGGAGGAGCUGGUGCCCGCUGGCUCCGAGCCAGGUGACCCUCGGGCAAAACCUCCAGUCAAGCCCAAACCCCGAGCCCUGCCCACCAAACCAGCUCUGCCUGCCAAACCUAGCCUGCUGGUGCCUGUAGGGCCUCGGCCCCCCCGGGGCCCCUUGGCUGAAUUGCCUUCUGCCCGGAAGAUGAACAUGCUGGCAGGACCCCAGCCCUAUGGUGGCAGCAAGCGUCCCCUCCCCUUCGCACCAAGGCCUACUGCCGAGGUCCCUGAUGGAGGAGAAACCACUCCAGAGGCUGGAAAGGAAGAGACUGGCAAAGAGGAGGGCCCCCCUUUGACCCCUCCAGCAAGAUGUGCUGCCCUAGGCGGAGUGCGGAAGGCCCCGGCCCCCUUCCGCCCUGCUUCAGAGCGCUUUGCAGCUACCACGGUAGAAGAGAUCCUGGCCAAGAUGGAGCAGGCUCGGAAGGAGGUCCCUGCCAGCCCUGACCGACUCUGGGGCUCCCGCCUCACCUUCAACCACGAUGGUAGUUCACGUUAUGGCCCCCGGACCUAUGGCGUGGCCACCAGCCCCAGGGAUGAGGAUGGCAGGGUCCUUUCUAGGGCAUGGUCCCAGGAGGGGCCUGAGAAGUCUCCAACAGGGAACCAGGAAGAGAACAGCAAGACCCCCGAGGAGAGAAGCUCCGCUUCCAACUUGACUUUGAACGGGGACCUGCCUCAGCCAGCCAGCUUGGAAUCACCUGCCAGUGUUUCCAAGCCCUCGGUCCCCUCUAGUCUCAGCUCCACUUCAGACAAGGGAGGCUGUGGCAGCCCUGACCUCGCUGACGACUCCUCAGGCUCAGCGCCUGGGCCUCCCCGACUUGGCUCACUUGAGGAGAGCCCUUCUCAGCAUCUAGAAGCGCAGAGUCCUGCAGUUCCUGGGGCUUCUUCCUGCCCUCUGGUGAUUCCUGCAUCCCCAAGUCUCACCCAGCUGGAGGAGGGCUCCCACCAGUCCCCUGAUCCGGCACUUGCUGUUGAGGGAGCCCCAGAGGCCCAGAAGCCCUCCAGCCCUCCCCCAAAGAAGGUUUCAGGGUGCCACAGUCCAAAGCAGCCCCAAGCCAGUACUCCUCGGCCUGUGAUUGAGGGGGACGAGUUCCCGGACCUCACACAAACGUAUCCAUCUGAGGGGAAGGUGGCAGCUGAGGGGCACCCUGACCUCCGCCCCACCCACCUGGCUCAGCGUCGCUUUUCGGAAGGUGUGCUCCGGCCGCCCAGCCAGGAUCAGGAGAAGCUAGGGGGCUCGAUGGCUGCCUUGCCCCAGACCCAGGGGUCCCAGUCGGCCCUGGAUCAGCCCUUUGGGAGUGGCACCGAAUCCAACUGGAGCUUGUCACGAUCGUUCGAGUGGACCUUCCCCAUGAGGUCCUCGGGCCUGGGCAUGUGCCGACUGGACUCACCACCUCCUUCCCCUAUCACGGAGGCCACUGAGGCUGCAGAGGCUGCUGCUGAGGCCGGGGACACCGCCGUGGACGUUGAGGAUGAAGGAGUGUCUGGACAGGGGCCAGGGGCCCGGGCAGCUCCAGAGGGGCUGGGAAGGCCAAGUUCCCAGCUGCAGGUGGAUGACCCUGGUGUCUCCCCAACCCAGAAGGGAGACUGGGUGAGUCACCCUCAGUCUCCAGCAAUUUCCCUCCAACCCCUGUCCACAGUCGGGGGUCCGCCUAUCUCCCCUGCCUUGCUGCAGGCUGAGGAGAGGUAUGAGGAGCGGGAGCCCCUGGCUGGGCAGGAGGCCCCUCUACUCCCAGCCGUCAGGGAGUCAGCUCUGCCCACCCUAGAGCCCAUCCUGGAACAGCGACAGCCAGCACCCCCUGACCAGCCCUGUGUCCUCUUUGCCGAUCCUCCUCUUCCCGAGCGGGGGUUGCCCUCCGAGGAGGAGCCUGUGACCCUGGCCCAGGCUGAGACCACACAGCCCAGGACAGAAGCUGAAGCCCCCUGCAGGGUCUCCCCAGAGCCGGUGGGCCCCGCAAGCAGCUCUCGGUGGCUAGAUGACCUCUUGGCUUCGCCACCACCCAGCGCCGGCAGCGCAAGGCGGGGAGCUGGAUCCGAGCCCAAGGACGUGCAGACCCCUGGCACCUGCUCGGAGGGACUCCUGGGCUGGGCCCAGAAAGAUCUGCAUAGUGAAUUUGGAAUUGCUUCAGACCCACAGCCCAGCGGUUUCAGCCCUUCCAGCUGGUCCCAAGACACCUCCCAGGACUACAGUCUCGGGGGCGUGAGCCCUAGGGGAGACCCAGGCCUUGGCGAGAGGGACUGGUCCAGCAAUUAUGGGCAAGGAGUCGGGGAAGGGAGCACCAGAGAGUGGGCCAGCAGAUGUGGCAUUGACCAGGAGGAGAUGGAGGCUGCCAGUGGAGACAGGAGGGAGGCAGCUGCUGCUGGGGGGCUUGCCGCCCCAGACAGGGUGAUCGGGAAGCCCAACCUGCUUGGUGCCCCGCAGAGCCCAGAGGCCACCUCACAGGACUGGGAGUUCAGAAAGAGGGAUUCCCAGGGCACCUACUCUAGCCGGGACGCAGAGCUCCAGGACCAGGAAUUCGGGAAGAGAGACUCACUGGGCACUUACAGCUGUCUAGAUGCAAGUCUCCAGGACUGGGAGUUUGGGAAGAGGGAUUCUUUGGGUACGUACGCCGGCCAGGAUGCUGAUGAGCCGGGCCAGGAGUUGAUGAGCAGCCAGAAUGAGGGUGAGCAUGACCGAGAAUUUGAGGAGAGAGAUGCUGUACUUGGCACCUUUGUCGGCCGGGAUGCAGAGCCGCAGGCCCCGGCGUUUGGACAGAGCCCCUGGAUGAACGACUACAGCGGUGGCGGCAGCUCCACCCUCCUCGCCUCCCAGGACCGAGGCUUCAACUCGAGAACCCUGAGUGCCGGCUUCAGCCCCCAAGACGCCCAGCAGCAGGAUGAGGAAUUUGAGAAGAAGACCCCGAGUGGUGGCGGAGACAACCUUGAUGGGGCUGACAGUGCUGCAGGCGGGCCAGAAGACAGGGAGCCAGGCGCUUUGUUCAGCCCCAGCACCCCCCAGCCACCCGACGGCGCUGCCAGCCAGGAUGUUGUGGGCCUGCAGGCCAGACAGCAGGCAGGGGCCCAGAGCUCUGGGGAUGCUGACCUGGAAGACAGGGAGCUGGGGAAUCGAGGCUGGGCCACCGAGUUCAGCCUUGGGGUUGCUCCCCAGCCCGAGCUGGCGUUCAGCUCAGGGCAGCCAGACUGGGGUGACAACUUCUGUAUUGAAGGCACUGAGAGGAACCCCCACUUUGGCAUCAUUGGUAAGGACAGAGCUGGUGGUGCUGGCCAGAUGGGAGGGGGCCACUUUAUGCCUCCCGGGAAGACUUCAGCUGGGCCUGUGGACUGGACUGACCAGCUGGGCCUCAGGAACCUAGAUGUUUCCAGCUGCUUGGGGGCUGGGGGCUCAAGUGAGGCUAGGAAGAGCAGCUCAGGCCAGAUGGGCUGGUCAGAUGACCUGGGCUUAAGGGACAUGGGCUUGGCUAGCUGCUUGGAGACCGGAGGGUCCGAGGAGCUCAGGAUUGUCAGGGUUGGGGAGGAGGACUGGACGUCUGAUGUCGGGAUGAGGGGCAGAGAUUUGUCAGGGGCAGGGGAGGCACGAAGCCCCAGUCAGGCCAGGGAGAGUGGGGUGGGGCAGACCGAUUGGUCAGGUGUGGAAGCUGGAGAGUUCCUGAAGUCCAGGGAGCGUGGAGUGGGCCAGGCAGACUGGACGCCUGACCUUGGGUUGAGAAACAUGACCCCAGGUGCAGGCUGCAGUCCUGGGGAGUCCCGAGAGCUGGGGGUGGGCCAGAUGGCCUGGGGCAACAACUUGGGCCUGAGGAAUCUGGAGGUGUCCUGUGACCUGGAGUCCCCGGAGCCUCGAGGAUGUGGAGUGGGGCAGAUGGACUGGGCCCAGGACCUGGGUCUGCGGAAUGUGGAGCUCUCCGGGGCCCUGAGUGAAGCCAGGGAGCAUGGGGUGGGCAAGGUCCACCAGGACCCAGACCUAGGUCUGCGGAACAGUGGGGGCUUAUCCCCAGACCUGGAGGCCAGGGAACUGGGAGUCGGUGAGACGAGUGGACCAGAGACCCCGGGAGAAGAUGAUUCCUCGCGUUCCUCAGGGACCCACACUGAAGACCUCCGGACGGAGGUGGGAGACAUCUCUGGCUUCGGAGCCAGCUCCAGCGGGUGCUCUGCCCGCUCCCCACCCUCGGGCUCACAGGGUCUGCUGGAGGAGAUGCUGGCUGCCCACAGCUCCAAGGCAGUGGCCCACAGGGAGUCUGUGGUCUCCAGCCUCAGUCGCCUGUCGCAGGAGGAAGGAGCUGUAGCUGUCGCUGACCCAGAGGAACCCCUGGAGCCUGGCAGGGACUCUCUGCCCUCCUGGAGGCCCCAGCCUGAUGGUGAGGCCAGCCGGACAGAAGAGGUGGACGGUGGCUGGGGCCCCUCAGGGGCCAGUCGGGGUGAGCAGGGACUGGCCCGGACUCCUCGGAGGCCCCCCCAGUGCCCGCCUCCCAGCUCCCUAAGUGAGGACUUCUCCUUCAUUGAGGACACGGAGAUCCUUGACAGUGCCAUGUAUCGGAGCCGUGCCAGCCUGGGGCGCAAGCGUGGGCACCGGGCCCCAGCCAUCCGACCUGGUGGCACCCUGGGUCUGUCAGAUGCAGCGGAUUCAGAUGCACGCCUGUUCCAGGACUCCACAGAGCCACGGGCUUCCCGGGUGCCAUCAUCUGACGAGGAAGUGGUGGAGGAGCCUCAGAGCCGCCGCACACGGAUGUCCUUGGGCACCAGGGGGCUGAAGGUCAACCUCUUUCCUGCCCUGAGCCCAUCGGCCCUGAAGGCUAAACUGCGCCCCCGGAACCGCUCAGCUGAGGAGGGGGAGCCAGUAGAGAGCAAGUCGACCCAGAAGGAAUCAGCGGUCCAGCGCUCCAAGUCCUGCAAGGUCCCGGGACUGGGGAAGCCCCUGUCAUUACCUCCCAAGCCAGAGAAAUCCUCAGGGUCAGAAGGAUCAUCCCCCAACUGGCUGCAAGCCCUGAAGCUGAAGAAGAAGAAGGUCUGA